AUGCAUUUCCCAUCAACAACCCUGCUUCUCCUCUCUAUAUACUCCUCCUCCACCCUUGCUUCAACCGAUGCCAAACCUAUUACCAAACCCUGUACUAUUUAUUCUCCUGCCACUGGCUCCUUCUUCGACCUGCGCCCUUUACAAUUGAAAACAGACGGCACCAAAUACCAGUCUGCUUCUAAUGAAUCCUAUCAUGCCAAAGGCUACGAUUAUCCCUCCAAUUUCACCAUCAAUUUCUGUGGCCCUGUCGUGGAAUCUCUCGACGAUGUAGAGGGCAUUUCUUCCUCCAAAAUCGCAAAUGUUUCGGCAUUUUACAGGGACAGUCGAGGCGAUGUCUAUAGCAUAGGCCAGCAGAACGACCAGCUAAUGUUUCGUGGGAAGAAGCUGCUGCUGAACUACACUCAAGGCUCUCCGUGCCCUGACCUCGACGAAGAUGGACUUCCUCUAGACCCAGACUUGGUCCCAAGAAAGACCCAUAACCGCCGCAAGUCGACCCUCUUCUCCUUCAUCUGCGAUACCUCUCCCCUCCUGUCAGGCCGCCCUGCUAUCUCUUUCCUCGGCUCUCCCGACCACUGCACCUACAUUUUUGAGGUCCGCUCGCGAUAUUCUUGUGGCGGCACAACACAAUCGGAAGAGAAAGGCACCCUUGGUCCUGGAGGAGUCUUUGGUGUCAUUCUUGGUAUUGCACUUCUCGUCUACCUCAUUGGUGGUGUCGUCUACCAAAGGAAUGUCAUGCACCAGAGAGGCUGGCGUCAAUUGCCCAACUAUGCUGUCUGGGCGGGCUUGUUCGGUUUCAUCUCUAACCCUGUGUCCGUUUCCACUCGUCGAAAGCGUCGUGUCACGGAUGCAAGAGAUCCAUGGCAGCCCUCAUCCAUCUACAAAUCCGACAUACCCUGA